AAUUUGUUAAUCCGGAAACUAAGUCAAAAGGAAGGAAAUAGUAAAGGAAAAUGAUAGAGUAUAUGAUGUUAAACAAAAUGUCAACUUUUUUUGUAGAUUAAAAGCAUUGAUGUGAUUGCAGGAAUUAAUCCCUCCUCUGUAUACACUUUUCACUCCACUAAAGUUUAUGUGAAACUUUAAAUGUCUAUCUCAGCUUCAUGUUUAAAAACACAUGAUAAUUCAAGGAAGAGGCAGUUCAGGAGAAGUAAGUCAUUGAAAGGGAAAAGGCUCAGAUGAAGAGCUAUGUGGAAUGGUACCCUAUUUUUAUUAUGUUGGCAAUUGAUUUUGCUUUUGCCAUUAGUAAUAUACUUCUCAAGAAGAUUAUAUUGGAUGGAAUGAGCCAUUUGGUUUUCAUCACUUAUCGACAGUCCAUUUCGACCAUAUUCUUAGCCCCAAUUGCCUUCUUUCUGGAAAGGAAUACUAGACCAAAACUCACCCCUCAAAUCUUGUGUAACCUUUUCUUGAGUGCCAUUGUUGGGGCAUCUCUUACGCAAUACUUAUUCCUUCUUGGAAUAGAAUACACAUCUGCAACUUUCUCAUGUGCCUUUGUCAACAUGGUUCCUGUGAUCACAUUCCUUAUGGCAUUACCUUUUCGGUUAGAGACUAUCAACAUCAAACACGGAAGUGGAAUAGCCAAAUUGAUUGGUACACUAAUAUGCGUUGGAGGUGCCUUCAUACUGACUUUUUACAAAGGCAUCCCUUUGAUUCAUUUUUCAGACCUACAAUAUGUACCUCCAUCCUCGGAUGCAGCUAUUAGUUCCUCGAAAAUAAAGGAAAGAUGGAUCCUUGGUUCUUUGGCGUUGUUUGCUGGGACGUUUUUGUGGUCGUCGUGGUUCCUUCUUCAAUCCUUUAUUGGAAAUCAAUAUCCAUGCAAGUACUCUAGCACUGUUAUCAUGACCUUCUUUAGUGCCAUACAAUCGGCUAUCUUAACUUUGUCUAUUGAUAGAAGACUAUCCAUUUGGAUUCCAAAGGAAAAGAUCGAUAUGUUGACUAUCAUCUAUACUGGGUUAAUAGGUUCAGGAAUGUGCUAUGUGGGAAUGUCAUGGUGUGUGAAGAAGAGGGGUCCGGUCUUCACUGCAGCAUUCAGUCCUCUUGUCCAAAUUAUGGCAGCCAUGUUCGACGUUCCCAUUCUACACGAACAACUCCAUCUUGGAAGUGUAAUUGGAUCAGCUAUUGUAAUUGCCGGUCUAUACUUUUUGCUUUGGGGCAAGAACAGAGAAAUGCAAAAAGUUGUCCAUGAAACUGAAGAGAAAAAGGACAAGGAGCUAACCUUUAAAGAUUUAGAGACCAAUUCUGAAUCCAGGCUACCUUAAUGUCAACUAUCUCUAGAAGUAUUUCAAUAUGUAUUCCUUAUGAACAGAGUUUUCAUCGUUAAUUUUAGAUUUUUCAAUAAAAAUUUAACUGUCAACUGCAAAAAUCAAGUGUAUACUCAAAUUGGCUGCAGAUAAGGUAUUAUGCAUUUAUGCUACCAAAGGAAAAUGAGAAGUAGCAUAGCAGAAAGAUCUGAAAAGAUGUUAUGAUUAUUAAAGUAAUACAAAUGCAACAUUUUCCUUUCUGAUAUAUCAUAAGCAUAUUGAACCUCAUAACAAGCAUCACUUACUAUAGGUCUUAAGCCGAAUGGUAAACACAGUAAACUUCCCACCCCCCCAAUGUUCUUGUCCGAAAUCCCAAAGAGACAAGACAAGUUGAAAAGAGAAGGAAACACAAAGAACUAAA